AUUGCGAUUCAUUGUUGUUGAAGGCGAUUCUCGAAAAUGGGGCCAAUCCCCUAUCGAUAUCGAUGAACGGAACUUAAUCAAGAUAAAGUUCCCCGCCCUUAUAAUGAGCGGCCAUUGGAGCAACGACGGUGAGGCGAAAAUGCGAAACAUCGGGACCACAGUUCGAGUGACGUUGGAGGGGAACAGGAGUCCAGCAACGAUCCAAGGAGGCCCUCUGGCGACCGACACCUACGAGCUUUCCGAAGUCGUGUUUCGAUGGGGCUCGUCGAACUGCAAAGGUGCCGAGCACACGCUGAACGGUACUUGGUUCACGAUGGAGGCGCAGGCGAUACAUUUUAACAAACGUUACGAAACGAUCGAGAGAUGUUGGCGCGAGAACGACGGCCUCGCGAUAUGCUCGUACUUCCUUCAAGCCUAUCAAGUCCCCACCUGGGACGAGCAUCCGUCUUUCUCCAAGAUCACCGACGAUCUCUACAAGAUCACCCAAUAUAACUCGUACGCAAAGUUACCGGCAAAUUGCUUGAGCUGGAUGAGGCAAGCUUGUCAAUCACCCGGUUAUUACAGUUACUUGGGCUCGCUCACCACGUUCCCGCAUUACGAGUGCGCUAUCUGGAUCGUUUUCCCGGAACCGGUCAGAAUUUCGGAGAAUCAGGCGGACCUGUUUCGCAUGUUGCGCAACAAAGAGGGCCGCUGCAUAAAGGAUAAUUAUCGCGAGGUGCAAAAAUUGAAUGGCCGUAUGGUUUAUUACGUGAAUUAAGUUAUUACGUGUCGUUAUCGAGUCGAAAAGUAUAUUAUUAAAGUUUAUUAUUGAUUAUAUUAUAUUAAACGUCGUGCCGUGUGUAUGUUUAAUAAAAAUCUAACGUAUAAUUCAC